AUUAUUGUGUUCUUACAAAAUACCAGUAAAACUGAGUCGUGGGUUGAAAAAUCUUUGUUGUUCUUGGAGAUUCAAAUUUGCCUUGUUAUUGUUAUUGAUGAUAAUUUGUCGUUGACUCUUUCUUGAUCUCUGUUCUACUUCUUUUUCAGCCAUUUGUUGUACUGGUAAGAACAUGGGCAAUCUAUUCUGUUGUGUACAAGUCGGUCAAUCCACAGUUGCUAUCAAGGAGAGGUUUGGUAGGUUUCAGGAAGUACUAGAGCCAGGAUGCCAUUGCCUGCCCUGGAUCCUUGGAAAUCAGCUGGCCGGACAUCUCUCCCUCCGGCUGCAGCAGUUGGAUGUUCGUUGUGAGACGAAAACAAAGGACAAUGUAUUUGUCAAUGUUGUAGCAUCUGUGCAGUACCGUGCCAUUGCAGAGAAGGCAAAUGACGCUUUCUACAAACUCACCAACACAAGAACCCAAAUCCAGGCCUAUGUUUUUGAUGUGAUUAGAGCGAGUGUUCCAAAGCUCAAUUUGGAUGAUGCUUUUGAGCAAAAGAAUGACAUUGCCAAAGCAGUUGAAGAUGAACUUGAGAAGGCAAUGUCUGCUUACGGGUAUGAGAUUGUACAGACACUGAUUGUUGAUAUAGAACCAGAUGAGCAUGUAAAACGGGCGAUGAAUGAAAUCAAUGCCGCUGCAAGGCUGAGGGUGGCAGCUAAUGAGAAGGCGGAGGCUGAGAAAAUUCUACAGAUUAAGCGAGCUGAAGGUGAGGCAGAGUCAAAGUACCUGUCAGGGUUGGGUAUUGCUCGCCAACGUCAAGCAAUUGUGGACGGUUUGAGAGAUAGUGUGCUAGGCUUCUCCGUCAACGUGCCAGGAACUACUGCCAAGGAUGUUAUGGACAUGGUCCUCGUCACCCAGUACUUUGACACCAUGAAAGAUAUUGGCGCUGCCUCGAAAUCCUCUGCCGUAUUCAUACCCCAUGGGCCUGGUGCUGUGCAUGACGUGGCUUCUCAGAUCCGGAAUGGACUUCUUCAAGGUUCUCACAGUUGAUUUUCUUGUAAGACUCAAGAACAGUUGAUAAAGUUUGGAUAAAAAAACAGGUUUAUUUUUCAAGAAUUGGGAUUGUUUCGGUUUGAUUUCAUUUCAUGGUAAUUGUCAUAUGUCCAUAUAUAUUACUAUGCAUAUAAAGGGGUUAAAGUUUGUCAUAGGGUAUAGUGCUAAAUAGCAAACGUGGCUUGGUAUUUGAUUUUCUGUUCUUUUGCCAUUGAUGUUGUGCGUGAACAUGGUUUGGUAUUUGAUUUUCUGUUACUUCGCCAUUGAUGUUGCGCUUUUCUUAUCUUCAUAUUGUUUCAAUGUUUGAUCUUUAUCAAAGAGGACAGGUUUAAAGUUCAAUUUUAAAA